AUGGUACAAAUUCCGCUGUGUAAUUCUCGCUCAAAUUAUCGGAGCAUUCAAAACAAAUGUGUGUUUGAUUCCCUAUCAGAUGAAAUAACGGCAAUUUCUAAACUCGCUGAGGAUUCCCCGCUCAGCACAACUUUGCAUUCAGCAGGUACGACUAUUGCUGGUCCUUGGAACGAGGUUAUGGAUCUUAUUGGUCAAAUGCAUGAAUUGUUGCAUAAUAAGCACGAUGUAUUGAGGAUUCAAAGCGAUAUUAGAGUGGGUACUAGAGUCGACAAACUGCAAACUCCGGCUGAUAAGAUAGAUGUGGUUAAGAGAAAAUUGAAAGCAUUGCUGGGUACCGAUUAA